ACUCCCCCUACCUCAAGCCGCCUUCCAGCGCCACCUGGCAGGGCUGCUUUGAAUGCCUCGGAUCCCUUACCAGCCCCACCAGCGAUGCGCGCCUGUAACGCGCGUGCGACUCCCUUUCGCCUCGUCGCGCUGUUCAGCCGGAGACGAGCCAGGAAGAUCAGACGCGAAAGAAGCCGCGGUGAACCGCUUCUCGAGCUGCCAGCAGCGGAAGCAACCACCACCCCGCCCGCCGCCCGGCACGGGAAGAAACGCCCCCCGGGAGGUAUCUGCACCGCCCCCAACAACAGCGCCUAAUGCUGGCUGGGAGAAGCCGGAGCCGUCGCAAACAGCAGCGGCGUGCUCUCCGCUUCCACUUAAGACUUGUGGCUUUCCCCUCUUCCAAGCCUUAACAGAGGAGGCUCUGGGUUUUGCCAGCAGUGAGAUCGUGGUUGCGGGCUGUGUUUUUUGUUUUUUGCGUCUGAAUCCUUUUUUGGAUGGUUCUUUUCAUGUUAUGUUUUGCACGGCAGCCGAGGGGGAAAGCGUCUCCCGUUUCCUGCUCCGAUUUGGAAUUUCUCUGCAAGGUCAUCCCUCCUUUUGCCUGCGCUGCUGCAGCCGCUGCUGCGGCUUCGUCGUGGCUCCUGAAGACCAGUUGUGAGGAGAAGUCUCCUGUACCUGUACCUUGAUCCACGUAAGCUCUUUUCAGCGAGACUGACAGACGCUGGGUGAAGCUGACGGCAAGCUUGCAACGUAUCUCAUUUCCAUGGGGACUGUACCAGAUCCUCUGAGGUCUGCCAAGCUUUCAUUGGUCAAAGCUUCCGAGGAAGAAAAUGGCCUAAAAGACCUGCCAUCCCCAAAACACCAGUGCAAGCAAGCAAGCAUAGACAGGAAUAGUAAUGGAUUUCCUUUUACUGGCAAGAUGCAACCCACUGGAGAUCGCUUGCUUGAAGUGAAUUGCACAGCAGAAGCUGAUGUUCCAAGGGGUGAACGGCAUUGUGGGUAUGACACUAGCCAACCAAGAAUGUUUUCUCCUGGGUUUUUUAGCCCCAGCCCAUCCAAAAAAGGCUACCUAGCAACUCUGGAGCUGGGAAAUGACUCUGAGCAGGAAGGCAGCGAUAGAUCCAGUACUAAAGGCCAAGAUCCAGCAGAAGGGCAUUAUUCAGCGCCCGCUGCAGUCAAGGUGCCUGCUACCCAGGGAGUCAAGGAAACUGUGCAAAGUGAUACUGGAGGGCAACUUCAUAGUGCAGUUGAUGAGGCAAGCUCUCCAUCUAGAGGAGGUGACAGAGUCAUGGAGAGCAAAGCUCACAACAGUUCUCCUCCCUCCACUUAUUCAGAUGCCCAGCCCGCAGCUCCAACGACAAAGGAAAUUGUGGGUGAAAGGAUUUGUCCUGAGAGAACUCAAGUGCCAGCCUCAGCAAAGGAAUCUGAACCUGUUUCUGGUCUUGGGCUGAGGGCCCAGGUUUCCUUGGAUACAGAACUGAAAGGCUCAGAGAAUGCAAGUUUCCAUCCUGGUGCAAAGGCUGUGCCGGAGAUGGUACCCAUAUCCAGCCUUGAGAGUACACCGCAGCCUUCAUGCCGUGAUGAGACUAUGGAGGAGGCAGGGCCAGAGCUCUCCAAGUUCAAAGACACAGGGACUAUGACAGUGCAGCCUGACGGACGGCCUGCAGAUGGAGAAGCUACAGGCAGGACUUGUCAAGACGCUGAGGUCCAAGCUGUAGCCAGCAUGGAAAGCAAAUCAGCUGCCACCAGCCCAAGUAUCUUUGCUGCUUUCUUAAGGGAAAACAUGACCUCCGAGACAACGCAGAAGGAAGAGCAGUUGCACAUUAUUUACACAGGAGCCGGAGGGAAGGAGCAAUCGGAAGUUGUCAAUGACUUUACGGCACUGGUCCAGACAGCUCCGUCUUCUGGCAUCAUGCCCGAAGUGCAUAUCCAAGCACCAGCUGGAGCAGGCACGGGGUUGGCAGCUCAGACUGUCAAACUUCAAGGCAGCCCAGUAGGCACGCGCGUUGCAGCUGGUUCAGCUUUGUCGGGCAACACAACAUGUCCGUGCCCACCUGCAUCUGGUAGUACUCGAGAAACAUCCGUCAAGGCGGCAGAAGCACAGAGAGCAGAUGUGGCCAGCAAUCGUGGCGAUGCUCCUCAGCAACUGUCAGACAGUUCAAGCUUGCUGAAGACAACACCUAUUAACGAGAUUACUGUCAACGCCAGUACUCAGCCUCUGGCUCCCCAACACUCUGUGAACAGUGAAACCAAGCUACCUCCGUCUUCAGCUCUCCCAGGAAUCAAUAGCAAACCUCAGCACCCUGGGUCCCAACAGACGUCUCCAUCCUGCCACAGAGUAUCUGAACAAGGCGAGGCCAUCGGCACCGUUGCUGGCAUUCAUGAUAGUAGUCAUGGGGAGCAGCUGCCUAUCAAGACUUCUAGAGGUUUCGAGAUGGGCCCAGUUAGUUUCCACACGGAUGUCAAACCAAAGGGGGAAGGAGAAUCCAUCCCUCUCAAUCCUAAAGAACAGGAGAUGAAUAAUACUGCAGGAGUUGCUGCUGAGCCCCAGGCAAUGCGUACUCCAGUUGUGGCAAAGACAGGCCAGGAUAGAUUUCCAAAAGAGAACAAAGAGGUGGAAGUAUUUGGCAAUCAGAAUCUGGCAUCUGAGUCUGGGUCGAGUAGAAAUUCUGCCCCUGGUCUAGGAACCAAAAACAGCAAAACUAGGAAGGGACCAAAGGGCAAUCUAUCAGCAAUCCCUGCUCCUGCUCAGCCCAUGCCAAAACUUAGCCAAAAGAAGAAAGAAGCCAAAUCUGCCGUGGAGGCCAAAGUGCACCUGAAGCAAUCCAAGCGCGUCCAGGAUGUUGUGUGGGAUGAACAAGGCAUGACCUGGGAGGUUUAUGGGGCUUCCCUUGACCCGGAAUUCUUGGGGAUCGCCAUCCAGAAUCACUUGCAGAGGCAGAUUAGAGAACAUGAAAAGCUGAUUAAGGUUCAAAGUGCCCAAACCCGGAAAUCCGUUUCUUCAGAUACAUCUUCAAGUAGAAAACUUAAAGGGAGGCAACACAAUGUUUUCCAGUCCAUGCUGCAGAAUUUCCGACGCCCAAAUUGCUGUGUUCGCCCUGCUGCAUCUUCUGUGUUGGACUGAAAGAUUUGGGAAGGCGGGUGGGAAGAGGAUGAGCAUCCAUUUGUAGCCAUUUGUCUAUGUGUUCACAGAAAUCCGUAGAAGAUAAGCUGUGAAGCUCAGCUUUGUUGCUUGAGAUUCUGAUACAAUAAUUUUGGGGCAGGGUGGGGGGCAGGGUAAUAACUAUAUAUUAUAUUCCCAAUCAGGACCAGUGCCAGGUAUGACUGGGCCCUUGGGCACCAGCCUACCCUGGGCCUGUGGCACCAUAACCCAACACCCCCUAUACACCCCCUAUGCUGCCAAGCAACCACCCCUCAAUACAGACAGCACGGCCUUCAAUACCUCUCGUGUUAUGUGAAUGAAGUGCUUGCAUAGUGCGCAUGCUUGCCAUGAACCAAGAUGGCGUCAGGGGCAUCAGCUCCUUAGGGAAGUCCCCAUCACCAUCUUGGGUGAUGGCAGGCAUACGGUGGGGCAUGCAGGUAGGCUAAUUGAAGCCCACGCUGUCAGUAUUGGGGGGUGCCUUUGAGGUCCCUCUCCAUGAUCCGAGGCAGGGUUGGGUUCCAAGACCCAACGCUGCUGCAGAUUGUGGAACGAGAGCGCCAUCACCCUCCCCUUAAGGAGUGGCCCUUCAGGGGCCCUUGGCACCAGCCCUAUUCCCAAUAGUCAUCACAUCUUAUCUGUCUUAUUUUCUGCAAAUAACACAUGCAGCAUUUAUGUUUACAUACAAGCCCCCAGUCUAUGGCCAAAUGACAAUAUAAGCACUUAAGUGAAGCACAAUUUAAAAUUGCCAAUUUACUGCAACAACACGUGGCAGCUUUUUACAGACAGAAGGCGUCAAACCCUUUGAAAAAGUAUUCAGUGUACAACUAGAUCUUCAUAACAUAGGUAAUGAGAACUUGUAACAACUGUGUGGUAAUGUAGGAAAUAUCCCCAAGCUAAGGGAAAAUUAUAUAGAUAGAUUUAAAGAACCUGGGUCAGGUUGGGAUGAUGCUGAAAGCUGCUAUUUUUUCUUCUUCAGAUCUUUCUUUGGGUGCUUUUUAAGGAGGUGUAAGCAGAUUAGCUGGUUGCAAAUAGAAUUUAACUCUGAGUAUGCCUACCCAGGGGAGGAAUCCCAAGGACAAUCUGUCCCUUGCCUCACAUGUUAAGGGGCCCUUAGGGGAUCUGUGACUACUGCACCAUCUAUACCAGCCUUCACCAACCUGCUGCCCUGGUGUCCGAUGGGAGUUGUAGUCCAAAACAUCUGGAGGAUGCCAGGUUGGUGAAGGUGAUCUAUACACAGUUACAUCAUGCCAAGAGGCCUGCCUGUGAUAUGCUGCCAAAGGACUUUGGAAACCUCUGGCAACCCAUCCACAGUUAAGGUGCUUAGAGCUGGAGUACAAUGGACUUAAAAAAUACCCAACUUGCAAGAAAUUUCAGUGGGUACCACUGAACUUUAGAACUUUAGAACUAUGUGAGAUUUUGACUGUUAUUUGUUAAUUUAUGGGUUUCCUUCCAUUGCCUUCUGGUUGUGAUUUGGUGUUUUGCAAUGUUUUUAUCUUUGAGGUGAUACUUCCACAUCACAUAGAAGUGGAGGGAAAAUCAUUAGGAUUUUCCAUGACUCACAAACAUAGAGAGGAUUAGAAAGAUUAAAGUAUGCCGUGUAGCCUUUUUAAAAGUCUCUUGCUUGUGCAUAUGUUUCCAGCCUACAAGGGGGAAGAAAUGGAGGCUUCCCUGAAGCAAAACCUUUUGUGUUCACUUCCUACCAGCUGCCUGUCUUGACUAAAAAAAGAAGUUAUUGGCAGAAAUGUGUUCAAAUCAUUAUAUUGUGAUUCAUAAAGCCAUUGACUGAUUGCUACCCAGAGCCCUUAAUUUCUAUUUAUUGUACAUAUAAAGCUUUGUGGUAUUUUCUAGAGCAAGUGUGGGGAACCUUUGGCCUUCCAUAUGUUUGGGACUAAUAACUCCCAUCAGCCAUAACAAGUAUGGCCAAUGGCUGGGGUUCAUGGUAGUUGUAGUUCAGCAACAUCUGGGGGGCCAUAGGUUCCCCACAAUUGUUCUAGAGUAAGGGUCCUCACAGUGCAAGUUUGGCAUCGCUCCAGCAAUGUUAUGGAGCAAGUAUGGUCCUCCAAGUGUUUUUUGGACUCCCAUCAGUCUCAGCCAGCUUGGCCAAUGGUCAGGGAUGAUGGGAGUUUUAGUCCAACAACAUCUGGAGGGCCUCAGGGUUCUCAUUCAUGAUGUAGAGAAGCCAAGGAACAUUUGCCAAAGGUAAUGAGUGCCACCCUGUUCCUCCCAAUUUGUGUUUUCUUUGUGCCAAGAGUACCAAUCCAUGCCCAUCCAGUUGCUGCCAUGCUAGGAGCUGUGUCCCGCCCCUUGGUGUUGAAUGCUAGCACCAGGGACCAACAUGGCAAAUGCUGUUAUAUAUUUCUUAAGCAUUGUGUUUUCCUACAAAUUGUCCCCAACAAACUUGUUGGGGAGGGGCAGGUGAACAUUGAAAUAGUUGCUAAUUUUAGUCUCACUGUCUCUGUCUUUUUAACAUAUUGUUCCUAACUCAAAGACAAAUGUGAGCGUUCCUCUGGCAUUACCUUAGCAACAAGGGUCCUGCUGCUGCAUCCUUCCUUCACUGUUCCAGUAAUGUCAGAAGUUUCAGAGCAGUAGAGAAAGCCCAUGCAGUGGCUCCUACCAGCACUAGCAUGGAUGACAGGAGGGUGGGAAAGAUCUGCAUUGCCGGCUCCUCCUGAUUGACCACAAAGCAACACAGGAAGCACACGUGCUUUGGGAGCUUCCCAUGCCACUAAAGUACCACCAGUUCCAUUCAGUCAGGCUUAAGCAACAAGUUCUCACAUAGGGUUUGCAGCUCUGAGAACCUUUGCACUCUUAUUGAUGUUGGCCAUUAAAAAAAAAUCCAAAUUAUUCCCCCUUUCUGCAGAUUGGUGGUGGCAACUCAGCUGGAAGGUUCAAUGGAUUUUUAAUUGUUUUUGUAACUCCAGUUGUGUAAUCGGCACUUUAUAGACCUAGAGGCUAAAUUAAGAAAGAAAAAAUGAAGGGAAAUUGCAGCAUCGAGAUCACUGUUCAGCCUUCACCUGGCUUUCCACUUCAAAGAUAGCAAAAAGCCCCAAGCCUAGUGAGCUGCAUGCAAGGUCAGUAAGUGGGGUAGAAAGAACAAUGGUAUGUCUGUUCUAUGGUAACUCUUGCUGAAGGUUGGAUGGGUGCAGGGCUUAAGCAUCUCUAAAAAACCUGCUCCAGCAGAGUAGGAUGGAUUUUAAGAACAAAAACCAGAUUUUUUGCAAACAUGCACAAGCUUAUUCUAGAGAAAUUUCAGGGUGGGAAAUGUGGGGUUGCUGCCUAAAAUGGUAUCCCUGUGUUAAACUUUUCAUUUCCCUCCAUAACAUGCAGUAAAGCUUAUGGCUUGUUCUAUUACCAUCAUGUUGUGCAUUUGUCCACUACCCAUAAUGGGCUGCUGAGGAUGCAGAAAUGCACAGCAUUGUAAUGUCCAGACACAAGGGGAAUUUUAUUGCACAUUACAGAGAGGGAAAUAGCAAUUUCCAUUUUUGGCAACAACUCUCAGUUUCUGAUGACACGUGGUUCUACCGUCCAGUUCCAAGAUUUCCCUUCACCCUCAGUUUACCUAAGAUGUCAGUUUCAACUCUAGCAUUAACAUGUUCCAGAACUGACCAUCCAGUUCCAGUCUCCCAUGCCUCUCUGCCCCCUGCUUGUGAAUUCUUUGAUCAAGAGAUAGACCCAGUAACUAGCACAGCUUGAAUAUCCAGUAUUGCCUGACCAUAAAAAUAUUUCUGUAUUUUAAAGAAAAAUGAAAACCAAAAUAAAAAAGCCCCACUAGGAUAAUAGAAAUUCACAUGGAAUGCUCUUAGUAAACUGCAGGCUAACAUUUGUAAAGGUUCCUAAGAACCAAGUCCACAAACCGAUUAAACCUGACUUCAGUAGAUUUGAACUGGUUGAGUCCCAGAAAAAGUAAGUGAAACUGAACUGACAUAAAUCCAAAUUUCCCUACCUAGGAUUUCAUUACCUCACGGGUGGUUUGUUCCAUUGCCUAAUAGUUAUCAUUAUGACUGUGCUCCUAACCAGUAGCUAUGAUAGAAUCACUUACAAUGAAUGCCAUAGGCCACAAUCCUGCCAACAUUAAGCACUUGUAUAUCCCAUUAAUUUCAACAGGUUAAGCGUGUGACCUGGUUCACAUGUCACAGUAAGCCAUGGUUUAUGGCAGGGGUGGCUAACCUGUGGUCCUCCAGAUGUUGUUUGACUACAGCUCCCAUCAUGCCUGACCACUGGCUAUGUUGGAUGGGACUUAAGGAAUUUGGUAUCCACAUCUGGAGCGUGACAGGUUAGUCGCCCUAGGUUUAUGGCUUACUGUAAACAAGCAGAUUGUUCUUUGUUCUUCCCUGAGCAAGAGCAAUAAGCCCUGAAGCUUGCCUUGUUGUGAUAUGAAAUUGCAGGAUUGAGGUUUGUUUCUCCCCAAGAAGCCACAUUCACACGUCACAACUAGGGAUGAGAUCUGUUGGCUGAUGCCAGUUCAAAAGAAUUUUGUUAGCCUAAAAGGCUGGCAUCAAUUCAAGUUCGUUCUCUAUCUGCUAGUGGCUGCUUUUACUGUGUUUUUUUCACUCUAAAAAUAUCAAUAUUAAUAUUUUUAUUUUUAAAUAUUGAUAUUUUGAAGGAAACAUCUUUAUUUUAAAAGGAAAAACGAAUACCAUUCUUACAACUGAUAUUUUAGAGGUGGAUUUUUUUUAAAAGUCCAUUUUCAAAAAUAGCCACAGAAAAUCGCUACAUUAAAAUCCAAUCCUCAGCUAUUGGGAAUAAGCGAAUAGAAAAUUCUGUACCAAAUCUGAAGUGGACAGAAUUCUAGCAUAUUCCUAGUCACAACAAGCUUCAUUGCUUGUUUUCACUCGCACUAGGGGUGGAGCCAAGUGUGAGUGAUGUGCUCAUUCACAGUAAAUCAUGUAACACACGAACGAGGCCUGCAUGGAGUUCUUUUGAAACACCUUCCUCCCCCCCAAAUGCUUAACUAUGGCUGAAAUGUAUCCUGCACGUUUUUUUAAGCAUGAAAUCAUUUAGUCCAUUGAUUGUCAUGUAUUAUGUAUUCCUCCUCUCUUGUAUGAGUGUAAAGCCAUUUUUCCUUCUGUUUUUGUUUUGUUUUGGUGAGGGGGAAAGAGUGUUUAGAAGCUCCGCUUUCCAUAUUGGCUUGAAGCCAUCUGCGCUAGUUUUUUUUAAUGUUCUCAGAUAUACAUCUGAUCAAGACUUUCUUUAUUGUUCACCUUGCAGAAAAACAGGCUGUUCUGGUGGCAAUGAAACACACAUAACGACAAUAGGAGAGAUAAUUUAUUGUAAGGAGUGCCAGUUCUAUAACCUCUCCUUGAAAAGGUUGGCUUUAAAUAAACACAUAACACACUUAAAACAAUUAAUUCAGUUGUAUUUUUAAAAACCCUCAAAGACCAGAGCUUUCACUUUGUAUUUUGGACAAAUAUUAUCUGCAUACUUGUUGGAUAGAUUUACACAGUCUAGCUUUUGACUUUACCCAUUGUACUUCCUUAGGACUCAUAUCUACCUAUAAUUAGGUGCCUGCAGACAGGACUGGGAACAAAAUUAACAGCUAAGGCAGCUGUGGACAACCUUUGGCCCUGCAGAUGUUGCUAAGCUAUCACUCCCAUUAUCCCUGCCCACUGCCCAUGUUUGCUAGGGCUGAUGGGAGUUGCAAUUCAGCAACAUCUGGAGGACCAAAGGUUCCCUGCUCCUGAACUAAGGGAACCAGGGAUGAAUCCAUCCACAUGCAGACACAGUUGCCCAUUCAUAGACAAGGGAUCAGCAUAGAGCUUAGUAGAACCCUAUUCCCCACUACAGAAUCAGAGUUAGACUAGGAGGGACCUUUGAGGUCAUCGAGGCCAACCCCCUGAUCAAUACAGGAUCUAUAAUGGAUAGCCAAAAUGGCAUGCUUCAGAUGCUUUGGACUCCAACUUCCAUUAUCCCUGGCUGUUGCGUAUGCUGGCUGGGGCUGACAGGAGUUACAGUCCACAACAUCUGAAGGACAACACAUUGUCUGCCUCUGAUCUACAAUACAACAUCUUUAGCAGAUGAUUUUCCAGACUCUACUUAAAAACCUACUUCAAAGGAGUGCACCUAGGCCAUGUGUGGGGAAACUUUGGCCUUCCAGAUAUUGCUGAACUACAACAACCAGCAGCCCCAGCAAUCUUGACCAAUGGCCACGGAUAUGAGAGUUGUACAUCUGCAACAAAUGGAAGGCCAAAGGUUCCCUAUGCCUGACCUAGGCAGUACAAGGAAAAUGAGUCCCACAUACAUCAUUGUAUCUUCAUAUAAUCCUCCUCACCAGUGGAAGUUUGGGGAGGGUCCAUUACUCAAAGGAGGAUCACGUUUUGCAUGCAGACUAUCCCAGGUUCAUCCUCUGCCCUCUCCAGGGUAGCAGCUGAUGGGAUUAUCUCUGUCUGAAACUCCAGAGAGCUGCUGUUAGAUAGCCAAUACUGGGCUGGAUGGACAAAUGGUCUAACACAGGUUCCCAGACUGUUGUCCGUGGACCAUCCGUGGUCCAUGAGCUUCAUUCAGGUGGUCCACACAUCUCCACAUUAAAUACUCAUACUGAUUUUUCAUUCUGUUCUUGUGCAAUAGAAAUACAAUUAAAAAUCAUGCAUCUAGCACAGUACUUUGUGAUUGUUAUAACAGGCAGAAAAAUGAUUAAGUGGUCCAUCAAGACAGUUAGCAAUUUUCAAGUGGUCCGGGGGGGGGGACAAAUCUGACAUGUUAUAAUGCAGCUUCUUAUUGUCCAUGAUGGCUAUGCUCUGCCUCCACAGUUGGAGGCAGUAUACUUCUGAAUAUCAGUUGCUGGAAACUGCAAGAGGGGAGUGAGCUGUUGCUCUCAGGUCCUGCUUGAGAGCUACCCACAGGCAUCUGCUUGGCUGCUGUAAGAAUGCGAUGCUGGCCUUGGAUGGGCCAUUGACCUGAUCCAGCAGGCUCUUCUUAAGUCCUUAUGUCUUUUGUAAUGGUUAGGCCUGCUGCUCACAAAGAGGAUGAGGAUAAAGGAACAGAGCUAAAUGGAAACCACUCUGGACCUUUUGUACCAACACUUGUGUGCAUGCAUGUGGAGAUGGAUCCUAAACUGUAAUCUUGUCCUCUUCUGUUAAUUUUCUUCUCCUUUAUAAAGUGUGGUUGUUCUCUAAGUAAGAGACUGUUCCUUGCCUAAUUUUUUUAAAAAAUAUCUAUUUAAAAAACAAGCCAAUCUGACUUAAACUUCCUCCAAGUAACUUUAUAUGUCAGGCCGUCAAGGUACCGUACAUGUUUAGAAUUAGUUUAUAAACCUGCUGUUCUAAGCAUCUCAUUUGGAAACAUGUCCCACUGAAAUCGGUAGGAUGUGUUUUCAAGUCAGUGUACUUAGAGGCAAGUUGUAAAGGUGUAAUUUGAAAGGCCCUUAACUUGAAAACAAAUUCCAUUGGAGCCAAUAGGAUUUAGUCCCAGGUAGAAGGUACUUAAGAUAAAGGAUAUUAGGAGCAGGGUUGCCCCCCCCUUCUUUUUGCUUGCCCAAAUCCAGUUUCUUUAGGAGAAGACAUGUUCAGAAAUCCAGUAGCUUCAGCUUUUCCUGGCCUGGAGAUUGGUGAUCAGCAGAACUACACUGCUUUCUAUGGGCCAGGCUACUGAUGGGCCAAUAAAAAAAAUCCAGAGUCAAUCCUAGUUAUAAGGCAGGCUUCCCAAACCUGAUGCCCUCCAGAUACUGUUGGCCCACAGGUCUGAUCACCCCUGACCAUUGGCCGUGCUGGCUGGGGUUGAGGGCACCAGGUUCAGGAAGGCUGUUGGGGAUAUCUCAGUUGUUGUUUUAGCAUCUCAGAAAGCAGCAGGACUAGAUGUUGCUUCAGCUAGAUGCUAGCCACUUGCUAAGGAGUCAUACAGCGGCUACAAGUAGUCAGAUUGCACCCACCUGUUUUAAGAACAUAAGAAGAGCCUGCUGGAUCAGGCCAGUGGCCCAUCUAGUCCAGCAUCCUGUUCUCAC